AUCAUACAAUCAAUACAAUUCGAGUACCACAUUCUCUCUCCAUUAUUCCAAUUUUAUAUAUAUACAUUCUAUUCCUCAUUAUCCUUAUUCAAUCAAAAUCAAUAUUAAUAUCCUUCCACUUCUAAAGCUUUCUUGGGAGGGUUUUGUUAUGUAGUCUGAAAGUCAGCACGCAAAAAUUCUCUUCAGAUCUUGUCUAUCAGCUAUUUUAGCAACUGGGUUGGUCUUAUUUGAAUCGAUAAAGACGGGUUUGCAAUCGGACGGCUAGAAUUUGUUGUUGUUGAUGAUCAUGGUGUUUUUUUCUUGUUUGUUCAAAGAAAGUAGACUUCUUUUGGAAAGAAAAAGAAAAGGUUUCAUGAGUUCAUAGGAGGGAGGGAAGGUUUCAAACGGAACUUCAAUGGCUUUUAACGGCUCAAAUUCAAAUCUUGCUCUAUUAAAGAUUUGAGUAUUUAAACCAAGUCCUUCAAGAGAAAGUCUCAAAAAAUGGACAACUUGUCUAAUUCGGAUGAGAAUUAUGAUCUGGGUUAUCAAGCUUCACCUUCUUCCGUGGAUCAAACUGACAAUUCACCCUCUGGAACUACUGGGUUUUGGACGAUGAGCACAGAUUCUUUCACAUACUGCAGAACAAACUCUGAGAUGUCAGGCUGCUCGCAGCCAACUGACGACCAAAGCAGCCCGGGAACACCAUCCCCGCUCUGGCCGCUGAGAAAAACUCCUAUUCUUAGCAGACUGGGCAUCGGGCAGCAAACGAGCCGGUUGGGCGACAAACCUGACGAUAACGAGCCGGUGGAUUUAGAACUUGAAACGAUGAGGGAAAGAUUUUCCAAGCUUUUGCUCGGUGAAGACAUGUCCGGAAGUGGGAAAGGUGUCUGCACCGCUGUUACGAUUUCUAAUGCCAUAACCAACCUCUAUGUCAUGUUGUAUGCUGCAGCUUCUGUGUUUGGUCACCAUCUCAAAUUAGAACCUCUAAAUCCUGAGAACAAGUUGAUGUGGAAAAGGGAAAUGAAUUGCCUUCUAUCCGUAUGUGAUUACGUCGUCGAAUUCAUCCCAACCACAUCACAAAAUUUACAUGAUGGAACGGCGGUUGAGGUGAUGGAAAGCAGACCGAGAUCAGACAUUUACAUCAACCUCCCUGCAUUGAGAAAGCUAGACUCGAUGCUUGUGGACAUGUUGGAUAGCUUCCAAGAAACUGAGUUUUGGUAUGCAGAACAAGGAAGUAUGUCAGGUAAUUCAACGCGUACUGGUUCAUUCAGACGGGUCAUUCAUCCUCAGCGUAAAGAGGAAAAGUGGUGGCUUCCCGUGCCUUGUGUUCCGCCUGACGGCCUCUCUGAGAAAUCAAGGAAACACUUGCGAAAAAAGCGCGAUUGCGCGAAUCAAAUUCACAAAGCUGCCAUGGCUAUCAAUGGUACAAUCCUAUGUGAGAUGGAAAUUCCUGACUCAUAUAUGGCAUCACUUCCUAAGAGUGGAAAAGCGAGUUUAGGCGAUACAAUCUACCGAUACAUGUGUGUUGUAGACAAAUUCUCCCCCGAUUAUCUGCUCGACUGUCUGAACAUGAGCUCAGAGCAUGAAGCGCUCGAGCUAGCAGACAGAGUCGAAGAAUCGAUGUAUACAUGGAGGCGUAAAGCAUUCAUGAGCCAUUCAAAAUCGUCAUGGGACAUGGUUAAGGAUUUCAUGUCUGACAUUGAUAGAAGUGACAAAAACCAAGUUUUAGCAGAGAGAGCAGAGGUUUUGUUGUUCUGUUUGAAGCAGAGGUACCCUGAACUUUCACAAACAAGCUUGGAUACAUGCAAGAUUCAAUACAAUAAGGAUGUGGGGCAAGCAAUCCUAGAGAGCUACUCAAGGGUGUUGGAAGGUUUGGCAUUCAACACUGUUGCUUGGAUUGAUGAUGUCCUCUUUGUAGAUAAAUCCACAAAGAACAACCAACAAGACCAAUAGAAGAAACAACUACAAGAAGAACAAAUGCCCAAGUUUCAAUGAAUUCUUGCAAGAGAGGAAGCUCAUUAUAUGGAGUAAAACCUUAAUUACUCUAUUACAAGAAUCUAAAAUGAGUUGUUUUUUUGCAUGCCCUAUAAAGCCAAUUUGUUCGAUGUAAUUUGAGAAGCAUUUUUCAGUAUUCUAGUUUCAGAUUUGUAACCUGGAGUUGCAUGUUAUGUUACUUGAAAUGCAGAUAGUUCUAAUAUAAGGAAUAGAAAUGACAACAUGGUGUGUCACAUGUUA